AGCGCGCGCGGCCCGCAGCGCGGCUGGGGCGCGCUCCCGCCCGGGAUCGCCUCACGGCCGCGCUGGCGGCGGCUCCGGCCGGGCGGGCUCUGGAGCUUGUGUCUCUCUCAGCGCGCCCCUCUCCCGCGGCGCAGCUGCUGGAGGGAGCGGGGAUGAGGAAGGCUGCCCGGUGUGGGCGCACGCGAUGGCUGCUGCCCGCGUCUCCUCAGCAAAGCUGCGGAGCACACCCGGCCGGGCGUCGCGGUGAAAGGGCGCGCUGAGGCGCUCGGGGGCUGGGGGCGAGGGAGGUUAAAACGCGUGUUUUAACUAAAAAAAAAAAAAAAAAAAUUAAAAAAAAAUCCCUCCGGGGCGUAGUAAGGAGUGUCAGUGCUGUCGGCGGUAGGAAGUGACGGGCUGUGCCGCUGGCUCCGCCUGCCGUCAGCGAGGCGGGAGCGCGGGGCCGCGCUGCCCGUGCGGGGGAAGCCGCUUAGGGAGCCCUGGCGGGGCCCGAGCAGGUGCGCACGGCAAUGCAGGUCCCAAUCUUUACGGUUGAUGCAUUUACAAACCGGCCGUUUUCUGGAAAUCCUGCGGCUGUUUGUCUGCUUGAGAAUGACCUGGAUGAAGAUUUGCACCAAAAAAUUGCAGCAGAAAUGAACCUUUCAGAAACAGCUUUCAUCAGAAAACUGAAACCUGGAGACGACUUUACCAAAAGCUCCUGCUUUGGGCUCAGAUGGUUCACCCCAGCCAGUGAAGUUCCUCUCUGUGGUCAUGCUACCCUUGCAUCAGCUGCUGUGUUAUUCCACGUACAAAAAAAUACAAACUCAGUUCUCACGUUUGUGACACUGAGUGGGGAAUUAAAGGCCAGACAAGUGAAAGAUCAUAUUGUCCUGGACUUGCCACUUUAUACAGCCUACCCCCAGGAGCUUAAGGAAGUAGAAGAAUUGAUAAAGGCAGCGGUUGGUGACAUGAUUGUUCAAGAUGUUCGUUAUUCUCCCGACACAAAGAAACUCUUGGUCCGCCUCAGUGAUACUUAUGAUAGGUCUGUGUUGGAAAACUUGAAAGUGGGUGCACAACGCUUUUUGUCAGCUGACAAGACAGGAAAACUGAAAGGACUCAUACUCACUGUUAAGGGAGAUUCCAGUGGAAAAGGCCAUGAUUUUUACUCCAGAUAUUUUGCGCCUUGGGUUGGAGUUCUGGAAGACCCUGUUACAGGAUCUGCUCAUGCUGUUUUAAGCAGCUACUGGUCAGAGCAGCUGGGGAAGAAGGAAAUGCUUGCUUUCCAGUGUUCCCGCCGUGGAGGAGAGCUGAAGAUUUCCGUGCGCAGUGACGGAAGAGUUGACAUUGCGGGGCAAACUGCUGUUGUACUAAAAGGAAACCUGGCUUUGUGAAGGAACUGGCACUAAUCUCCCUCUUCCCUCACUAAUUACUCAUUUUUGUGUUGCUCUCUUUAUGCUCUCUCAGCUCUAGGCAGUGAAUUACUACUGCUCUCAAAAGUCUUUGAUUGCUCAUUGGCCAUUUUUAAAAAUUGCUUCAAAGUACUCACUUCUGAUCUUCAAGAUCCUUGGUAUUCUUCACUUCCAUCUUGCCACAUCCUAUGCACACUGACCAAUGAAAAUGUUUGUCUACAGCUGUCUUGGUUUUGUGCUUUGAAAUAAUAAUUCUCUUUAUUUCCAAAUUCCGUCUUAAAAUCCCUUACUGCUUCAUGGAUUAACUGUAAGCAUCUGUUUGAUAAUCAAACUUUUCCCAUGUAGAUAAUUUUUCAUGAAAUUUGAAUUAAUUAAAAAUAUAUUUUCUUGGGUAUAUAUUGAAAUGGUAGCCAUGUUCACUAACUUACUUGAAUUAAAAUAUGAAAACAUAGAAAUUAUUUAGAAA